AUGCCUGUCCACCUGGCAUGGCUGGGUAGUGCCUGCUUCCCCCACGCCAGCCACGGGCCGGCUCCCCAGUCCUCUGUGGGAGGGUUGCUGGUCUCUGUUAAAAGCCCCCCGGGUGACUUGCAUGCCGCCAGGGCCUGUGCCCCCGGGAGACACUCUCGGGAGGGGCCACCACAAGGAAACCUCAGUCCAAGCUGCCCAGCGGAGGCUGGGCAUGGCUGUGCCCGCACAGGAAGGCAGGUAGGCGUCUCCAGGGCAGGCAGCUCUCCCCCCGGCCCAGACCCCUGCGUGAAGUGCUCAGCCUGGGUAGGAGGUAGAAUGUGCUUCCCACUCAGCCUCCUCCAAGCCGCUGGAGGUCCCGCUGGUUCCCCAAGUGGCUUCUGUCCUGAGCCGUGGGCUCCUGACCACGCACCUAUUCACGGUCUGAACAAGAGUCUGAGCCAGGGACCCCGCUUGAGAUGGGUACAGAGGAAGCCAAGGGCCCACACAGGUGAGGGGGUCUCAGGUCAGCUCACCCAGCGCAGGCUCAGCAGCAGCCUCAGAAUUUCCUGGCAUCUGCUUGCCUGUGUUGCAACCCAAGUGGGGUGUGCGCGCCGCCUGAGAGAGAAAACACUCGGGGAUUAUGUAAGCGCUUUCUUCCCCGGCACAGGGCCGUCUUGGGCACGAUGAGACCAGACCAUGUGCAAAAGCGCUUCAGGAGAGUGGCAGGAGCUGAGCCGCCAGAGAAGGAUGAACCCCUUCUGGGAUGCUGGUGGCUCGUCUUGGGGAACGUGGGGCUGGUCAGGAUUGCAGGACGCGGAGGGGCGGAGUGUGAAUGUGGAGGUACCAGUGCUGCAUGAUUUUCCAGAAUUUCUCUAACCUCUCUGUGCCUUCAUUGCCUGACUCGGCUGUUUCCAAUGCAGCUGAUUUUAACAGCACCUGUUUCAUGAGGCCACAGCCAGGAUUCUGGGAGGCAAAGCACAGAAAGCCCUCAAUGCGGUUUGAGGCUCCAGGGAAGGCUCAGCUGACAGUAGCUGAAAACAGCAAUUUCAGCCGCAGAGUCGCCCACCCUGCGCACUACAGAACGAACAAGGGUUUCCAGCUUUGCUCGGAUUUGUGGGGACCACUGGGUUUGGACUUUAGGAAAAGCUCAUUUGCCUUUGGGCAGAAGUGACCGGAGCUGGGGUCACCUGAGGUCUGGGUAGGAACCUCUCGUUGGAUGACGCAGGACCUGGGGAGGGGCCGUCUGUGUGGGGCAGCUCUGGACUCAGACCCAUCAAUACCUGUGAAACCUGUCAGGCUGAGCCACUGUCCAGCAAGCGAAGAGACCGCAACUGGGCCACUUCGAAGUCAUUUGGCCGCCACCUCCGGGUCCUCAUAGCCCUCAUGUAUGUCCCAACGGCGAGCAGGCGGCCAACAGUGCACCCUGACAAGGCACGCAUGUACCAUCGGGGACACCUGCUUCUUUAAAGUGACCGGAUGGUGCCCAGGACCACAAGAACCAGCCUCGUGGCAGGGUGCCAAGCCUCUUUCCCCCUCCACUGUUAACUUUUUUGCCAAGAUUCCAAAAACGAAGCUGCAGCUGAAAAUAAUUUCUUUUUCUUUCAUAGCCCAAAUGAACAAUGGUGUAGAGAUUUUCCCAUCGCAGAACUGCAGUCUCCAUCUGUAGUAGGCCCAGGCGGUGACAUGUCUGAGUUCGGGGUGCCUUGGGGCCAGAACCCAGAGGAGCACCCACAUUGGCGUCCUAGUAAUGUGAACCCUCAUAAGAGCUUCAGGACAGCAGAGGCAGCGGAGAUGCCGGCGGGCAGGGAGAGCCGGCCUGGCCAGCCCCUCAGGAGUGAGCUUCAGUCCUAUUCUAGCUCAAAAUGAUAAACCUUAUCUCAGGCGGCUGCUUGUGACUCCAAGAGACCACCAGGCCCUGGUGAUAGCCAGCAGGGUACCUGACAUAUAAAUCCCGCCCACCUGCCUGGCGUGGCUGGGAGACCCGCCCGGGUGCUCUCUGUCUCUCCCUCCCUCUUUCACUGCUCCCUGAAGGCAGCAUCUAAAGAGGCUGAGGCUGUCCUGU